AAACUUGCUUGACAGUAGUGGAAUCCUGUCGCACAGCUGUAGUUUUAUUUUGAUUUGUGAAUUUAGCAAAUCAUCCAGAAAUAAGAAAUUCAAAACAUAAUUCUUAUUGUUGAAUUGAUGAGUGUAAUAGGGUGUUUUGGCGGGAUCUGUUAUUUGAUUGAGUAACGGGCAUCCAUACAUUCGUGUAUAAAUAUAAUAUUAUACUUACUGUAAAAAGAUGUCUAACCAGUUGCCGGUUGUUACAAUUCAGUGCGAUUGGAACGAUGUUAUUAGAUUACCCAAAGGAGAUGCAUGGAUAUCGUCCAAAAAACUGAACGAAAACAGUAUCCAUGAUAAGCUUACAACCACUUUAAGUGAUGGAAAAGUGAAGAUCAACUUCUCUGACAACUAUCAGUACAUAUCCCAUGGGCCCUUGAGUUUGGUUGUGAAACAUGUAGCCUCGGGCCUGAAGGUAGCAUUUGUAGCACCAACCAAAGCUCACAAAAUACAUACAAAAGGGGUUUUAUCUGUGGCUGUUGCUGAGAAUGCUUUGUCUGUGUCCUCUUGUGAGGAAGACAAACUUCUGGUAUGGGAUAGCAGGACAAGUGAAGUCAGCUUGGAACUAAAAGGUCAUGGUGGCCCAGUAUAUAAAUGCAAAUUCUUCCCAUCUGGUAUUGUGGUCUUGUCGGCUGGUGCUGAUGGUUCCUGCAGAAUUUGGUCAGCUGAAUCUGGAAUAAAUCCAGUCACUUUGAAGGGACAUACUAUGGCUGUAUGUGAUAUCUGCAUUAUUGAUAAAGGAAGGAAUGUGAUUUCAGUGAGCAAGGAUGGGUCAGCAAAACUAUGGGAUGUUGGUGAAUCAAACUGCUUGGACAAUGUUGUGGAGGGGCAUGGACAGAUCAACUGCUGUGCUAUUGCAACAACUACAGAGGAGGUUGAAGUGGAAAACGAGAGGGAGAUAGGCACUCAUAACAAGCUGUUGGUAGUUGGAUGUGAGAGUGGACUGGUAGUCUGUGCUCAUGUGGCCAAGAGAGCACAGGUAUAUUCCAAGCAAUUGGAGUCUGCAUGCAAUGCCAUCAUUAUUAUGGACCAGGCAGUUCUUGUUGGCUGUAGCAAUGGAAAGAUAACAAAACUGAAUCUUCAAGAUGGCUCAGUUCUAAAAGAAUGGCAUGAAUCUGCUAACCCUAUACUGAGUAUGGCUGUUCUGACCAACCAAUUGUUUGUUGUUGGGCGCCAAGAUGGUACUUGCACAGUCCUAUCAUUGGAAGAUGGGGCUAGCUCCAAACUUAGAGUGCAGCUGACAGGAUCAGACUGUGAUGGCAUCAGGGAUAUCUCCUUCAAUGGAAAGUGGGUAUUUGCAGGCUGUCGAGACGCUAUCGUGCGGAAAUAUGAUUUCAAUCAAAUCAAUGUCCACUUUAAGUAGAAACAUUAUGUAGUAACGGUAUGUAAUAAGCGUAUUUAUGAAUAAGAUAUACCUGUCUAUUGGACAAAA